GAGUCACAGCCUGUGUGCCAAAACAACUCAGUAGUUAGCCGUUUGUUAUUAAACGAUCGCUUCAGAAAAGUCCAUGAGAGCGUCGGUGCGGGAGGUGACAGGAUGAAGGCAGAGUGACGGACUCUCAGGUCACCUGACGACCGUCACGCGGGGAUAAAAGCAAGUGGACAAGCGGCUUCGGAAAAAGCCUGUGUGGCCCUCACGGUCCCCUCGCCGGCCACCACCGUUUGACGACUCAUAUUUUUGGAGACCAACGUCGCCGAACUGUAGAGCAUGCUGUUUUGGCACAGCCAUCCUGAAACCUAUCAACAACACUCGCAAAAUAAUUAUAUAAGAGAUGCUCUUGCUCCAUUUCUCAAGCAUGAAGAGGAGCAUCAGUCCACUGAGAUCAGAGCGUCUCCUUUUCAUUAUGUACUUUGUGCAGCCACAUCUCCAGCGGUGAAACUCCAGGACGAAACACUCACAUAUUUAAAUCAAGGUCAGUCCUAUGAAAUCCGAAUGCUUAAUAGGAAACUAAUGGAGUAUACAGAUAUAAGCAGCAAAUAUGUAAAGAGCAUUGUGCGUGUUGUUUUCCAUGACCGGCGGCUGCAGUACACAGAGCAUCAACAGCUGGAAGGAUGGAGGUGGAAACGACCAGGAGACAGGAUCUUGGAUAUAGAUAUCCCGCUGUCAGUGGGCAUAAUGGAGCCUCGAGCCCACCCACUGCAGCUCAACACCAUAGAUUUCCUCUGGGAUCCUGGCAAAAAUGCCUCCGUGUUCAUUCAGGUAAACUGCAUUAGCACUGAGUUCACACCUAGAAAACAUGGUGGAGAGAAGGGCGUCCCUUUUCGCAUUCAGAUAGACACCUUUGCAGCCAGCGAGCAUGGAGAAUACACUGAACACAUGCGCUCCGCCAGCUGCCAGGUCAAAGUGUUCAAGCCGAAAGGCGCAGAUCGCAAACUCAAGACUGACAGAGAUAAGAUGGAGAAAAAGAGUCCUCAGGAUAGAGAAAAAUAUCAACCAUCCUAUAAAACAACAGUGCUGACUGAGUGCUCCCCUUGGCCUGAAGCUCCAUCCGUCAGCAGCAACACUUCAUCUCCAGGUUAUCUCAGUGCUCACACUUCCUACAGCUUCCCAGAGGAAAACUCCUCUCCAGACCUGCAGGGGGAGCUACUUUUGCCCAGCUGCUCUGAUCACCUGUUGCCAUCGUCCUCCAUGCAGGACACUCAGCAGUGGCUCCAUCGUAAUAGAUUCUCCUGUUUCUGCCGGCUCUUCUCUGGCUUCUCAGGUUCCGAUCUGCUAAAAAUGAGUAGAGAAGACUUCAUUCAGAUUUGUGGUCCUGCUGAUGGCAUCCGUCUGUUUAAUGCAAUCAAAGGAAGGUGUAUACAACCACGUCUCACUGUCUAUAUAUCCCAGCUGCAGAACAGGAACCAACCCCACACCAAAGCAGCGGGUGAUGAUGUGUACCAUGCCCUCUACCUAGAGGACCUAACUGUCUUUGAGCUCACUGAGAAGAUAGCCAAUCUAUAUAAUGUUCCCUCGCAGCAAAUCCAUCGUAUAUACAGACAGGGGCCGACGGGGAUCCAUGUCUUAGUUUCAGAUGAGAUGGUGCAGAACUUUACAGAGGAGACUAGCUUCAUUAUCAGCACUAUGAAAGAUGAAAGUAAUGAUGGCUACCAUGUUGUACUGAAGUGACCUGAGUAUGAGUACUGGAGCAUUGCAGGUGCCUUUAGCUUAUUUUCACAAUAUUGGACUGUUUCAUAUCACAUAGUGGAAUGUGAAAUUAAUAAAUAUGGAUGAUUUGAUUUUUUUAUGAUGUAGAUCCAGCUCCGUAUUUUAAAGAGAGAAUGUUGUGAAGGGUUUUGCUGUAAAUCAAAUCAAAUAUGAAUUAUUUUAUGUAUUAAGUCAAGUCAUGUUCAGUUUGUUGAUUUGUUUUAUAGUAAUUAUUUUUAUCAUGUUACAGUAGUAUUUUGGCAGUAUUCUCUAUUUUCUUUAGUUUUAUUAUUAGAUACCUAAUUGCAUAGACUUGAUUUGCUGUGCAAGAUGGCCUUACCCCCCAAAAAAACACGCACACACACACACACACAAUUUUAUAUAUUUAUUUCUAUAUUUAGAAACUUCCAAAACAUGUCCAUUUGAAUGUUUCUCAUUUGAUGAAGUUUGCAUCAUUGAUUCUGUCAUUUUCCUUUUUAUUACUGUGAAGCAGAAACAAUCUGUAUUGUAUAACUCGUAAACUCUUUUCUAUGACUUGGCCAUUUACAAUAUUAUAGAGAGAUAUUAGUGUUUAUAUUAAUGUUGGAAUUUAAAAGACCUCUCAGUCGUUACAUUGGUGCUUUUGUUCAGACUGAGACUGAGAUAAAGUCUUUGCUCAGGAUGUUUUAUUGCUUUGCUUUUUUAUCACAAUGCUUUUGAGGUUUGUAUGUUUGUAACUGAUUAAUGAUUGUGUAUUUCUCAAAGCUUUGUAUGAACUGUACGAUAGCACCUGUUUGUUGAACUUAUCUUGAUGGACCUUGCUGCUUGAUAAUCUUAAAAAAAAUAUUUUGCAGGAAAAAAUAAAUAACUUUUGUAUGGUAAA